CCUUCUUCCAGUUUUCCCUCUCCAGUCCACAUCGUCUUCUUCUUCGAUCUUCCCUCUUCUCUGGCACGAACCCAAGCUCGAAGCUCUCGCCCAUCGAGUGGAAGCGAAGGCGGGGGAAAGGGAUGGGGGAUUCCUCUCGGAGCAUCGAUCUGGAGAAGCUCGUCUCCUACAGCGACGACCUCGCCCAGGUCCUCAGGGACGACAAGGACGUCGCCGCCCUCGCCCAGUGCCUCCGCCACUCCGACGCCCUCCGCUACUCCUACGACGCCGACCUCGCCGGACUUCGGUCCUCGAUCCUGGAGUAUGAGGAAAAGAUUGAUGCUUGCAAGAAGAAAACUGAAGCAGUGAGAUCUGAAGUUGCUGGAGAUGUUGAUAUUGACCAACUCCAGAAAGAACUGCAAGAGGAACUUGAGAAGGAACGACUGCUUAUGGAGGAUUUGAGAAUUGUUGCCAAUGAAAUUAAUGAGCUAGAUCUCCAAAGGAUUUCCAUUGAGGAGAGGAACCAAGUUUUGAAGAAACUUGAGCAAAAUGAGCGGAAAGAACAGGAGAAAAGGGUGGUGGAUGAGUUUGAGUUCGACUCAACAAAGAUGACCACCUUUGACACGUGCACCAAUAUCUGGAGGAUGAUUAGUAACUCAUAGAUAUUAGACGGCAAUACAGCACGUCUACUCACUCUACAUUUAUCUGGCUGCCGGAGAUUCUGCUUGAGCUCCCCUUCAUGCAUCGUCUCUUCUUUUCAUUCACCAUGUAAAGGGUAAGGUGAAUGGGCUCCUUCAGAAGAACCCGAUUGGAUUGUCCCGAUCUUGGGGGAUCUGUUGAUUCCUCUCUUUAUCAGUGAAAGUACUCACAGGAAUGAAGUGUGAUCAGCGCGUUUUUCUGUAUCAUAUGUGUUCUCGACCAAUCAGUGGUUGAGGUGGGGGAUGGGACUCCAUUGACUGCUUCACCGUAUUUCUGGGUAUUCCAUUCUAACAAAACUGUGUCAAGAUUGGGGAAGAACUUGUACGUGCAAUCAUUCUUCUGUUUCAUAAGUGAUUCGUAUCAGUAGCUUUAGAAAUUUGUAGGCCUAUAGAAAUUUUGAACUGGUUGUAAAUGCAGGUUUUGGUGUGUAUUCUUGUAAAUCAUACCGUGCUACCAUCUCUUGAGAUAAUCCAUGUUUUUUACUUUAUUUUUUA